AUGUCUCCGCGUACGAACGCAAGCCAGCCUUUGUCUCCACCCCGUGACGACACACAGCGUGCCGCAGCCUCGGCUAUGUCGCCCACGCGGUCGAGGCGCUCCGAUCCCCAAGCGACGCCCACGCCCUCCCGUCCUGUUUCACCCAUGGACGAUCUCAACGCAGAAGAACAACGUAUGGUGAACAACUUACUAACACGCCCGCCGUCCCCUCGAUCACGUACGUCGUAUGCACCGUCGACAAUGGCACCGAGCAUGCUGGAACCGGAGGUGCAGAACUCGCAUUUCCACGAUAUGGAGCUAUGCCAGCUGUUGCAUGCACUGGACCAGCCGUUGGGAGAGCCAGUGAAGAAGGCAGUGAGGAAGGCAGUGAGGGCGAGGGUGAAAAAGCUGGGUAUGAAGUAUGAUAACGAAUCUAUCAGACAAUACCGAAAGUCCUAUCACGACCACGACCCUAGCGUCCAUCUCUCGACUGCGCUGCAGCCGACUACAACUGGCUCGAGAAGAUCGACGCAGCUCGGGACUUCUCAAGAGCCGCCGGAAUGGGCGAAGGACUUGAUUGACGGCAUGAUCAACAUGCGCGAACGCCUGGACAGUCUUGCGCCCAAGAUUGAACGGAGUCUACGGUCUUCACGGGUCGACUCGUACGCAGGCGAUGGCCAGACAUAUCCCGGCAGUCACCAUCAUCACUAUAGUGGCGCAUACACUCACAGUUCCAUGGCUCCGUCUGCGAAUAUCCAUAUGCACCCAACGGGCGAUGAGUCUAUGUAUCAGCCGGGAGACACCGACAUCCUGCGAGACUCGACACAUUUGCAGAUGCACCACGACGGAUCGCUGCAUGGUGCAAGCCGCGAGGACGACCUGUAUGACGAUGAAGAGGAGGAUAUCAAUGGUCAUCAAUUGGCUCCUACUGAUGGCGACACGCAGUACAUGCCGCGCGGCGAAUCUCCGGGACAACAGUAUCUCGAGGAGGAACUGUACAAGUUGCGCGUCAAGCCCUCCGGCAGCCAGUCUGUGGCGACGCACAAGACCUGGGAGGUCGCCCGAGACGAUGGAGAGGAGUAUGAUGACGGUGAUGCUCAGGCUGCAGUGACAGAGUCAGGCAUGCCUGAGAUACCAGAUGGAGCAACGGGCUUUACGGACCGCCGAGGUUCAGGUUCCCCUCCUCUUCCUCCUCUUCCUCAAGACGGCCGAGGCGACCUGGUCAACAUGCCCGAGGCACAGGUGUGGCAGCCCGGAGGAUACGAGCAGCAGCUGCCACCGCCGUGGCAGCGCAUACAUCAGCGGCUGUUGAGCUGGGCGAUCGUGUGGCCGAUGGCGGAGCUUGAUAACGCGGUGAACAGUACGAUGCGCGGGAUGCAGGUCGACGAGAUUGCACUGAGCAUCUGGUCGACGCAGACCUAUAAGCGCUACGUGAGGGCGAAGAUGACAGAUAGCCCGCCUGGCCGUGUAGAUCGUCUGUUCGUCCCGCCGAACAUGGCGGACGCCAUUAGCACUGCUGUGUACAAUGGGCGGCACGGGGACGCUUGUGGAAUGCUCAGGGAUCUGUGGGCACCUUUCGGUCUUGAGGGCAUACCCAGACUUCUCAUAGUGCUCGCUAAGCACCGUAAUGACGAUCAUCAUUGGGUAGUCCAUCGUUUCUCCCUUCCCGACGGUUCUUUAACGACUUACGAUACGUACCCCGAACGAUGUCUGCCGGACGGCCGCCCCCUUGGAUGGUGGUUCGCCAUCCGCAUUGCCUGGCCAGAUGCGGUCUACCCAAGUCCUGAUCAUCUCAUGCAGAAGAUGGUGCGACUUCACCGCCCGAUGCAGCUCGCUAUCGACAACUCAGUGGCAGCCGCGGGUAUCUGGCGUAACUUGCUCAUGGGUUCCCGGGCGGAGCGAAGCCUCGACCUAGAGCGCCUGCGCGACCUUAUCAAUACCGAGGUGAAGAACCUCAGGCAGCGCAAGCAGAUGGGCAAGCUUUCCAUUGGCUCGCCGCGCCCGAACUGGGAAGACAUGCAUUGA